CACACGGAGCAGAGUUAUCCUCAGCCAGGAAGGGGGGGAAAAGCUCCAUCCCAGCACAGAAUGCACUGGCAAAAAUCUUCUGCCCCAGAGCAGCCCCAGCCUCGCCCUUACCAAGGUGUCCGAGUGAAGGAGCCCGUGAAGGAGCUGCUGAAGAGGAAAAGGGGGAAUGUCCAGAAUUCCAGUGCAACUGCAGCUACAACGGUUGUUCUGCCCCAUCAGCCAGUCCCUUCCUACUCACCCAUGGGCCAGCCUUGCAUUGACAUGGACGCUGCUGCCCCUGCUCUGCCCGGCCCAGAGGAAGGAGCUCUGGCCUCUGGAUGGAUCCCCCAGCCCCCUGGCACCCCCCUGCAGCCCCUGGCUCAGUGGAGCCCCUACCCUGACUACGUGUCCCACGAGGCUGGCAGCUGUCCCUACACAGCAGAUAUGUACGUCCAGCCCGUGUGUCCCAGCUACACCCUGGUGGGACCCUCCUCAGUCCUCACUUACACUUCCCAGCCUCUCAUCACCAAUUUUGCACCCCGCAGCAGCACACCGGCCGUGGUGCCACCGCUGGAGGUGACGGAGCAGCAGCCGCCCCUGACCUACUUCCCGUGGGCACAGCCCCUGUCUGCCCUGCCAGCCUCCACCCUGCAGUACCCUGCAGCCUCCUCCUCCUUCCCCGGGCCCCAGCUGGUGCCCGUGCCCAUCUCCAUGCCCGAGCCAGCCCCGCAGGAGCUGGAGGAUGCCCGGCGAGCCAUCGGCGCCCUGCCCAUCGAGAGGCUGCUGCUGGAAGAUGAAGACAAUGAUACGUACGUGUUGAGCCACGCUCUCUCUGUCGAAGGGCUUUAG